UGACUCCUCCUGGCUGGGGAGGAAUUGGGGAGGCAGUGAUUGCUGCAGGCUGAAUACCUCUGCCUCGUCCUUCACACCCCCGGCUGCUGAUGCAUGUGACAAUUCUGUGCUGGUUCCAGGAUUUCUGUAACACAAUGCUGAAGGUCUUUCUAUUGGUGAGUGUCUCCCUCCAGCUACUGUAUAACUGUGAUGGACAGACAAGCCCGACCCGAGGAGGACAAGAAGCUUGUACGGAGAAGCGAGAGGCUCUCAGAGUCCUGCGCCAGAUCCAGAAACUGCUCACUGACCAUGAAGCCUCGUACAUACAAGGAAUGAGGUCCCUCAGCAAAAGACUUAACCAACUAAGGGAACAUAUUCAGAAAGGAAACGUAAAAGACAACUGUCCUCAGUUAAAGCACCCACGGCAUGGCAGGAUGCUGGGCGGAAAGCUGAAGGUAGGACAUGAGGUGCAUUUCUUGUGUGACCCUGGGUUCCGUCUGCUUGGCUCUGAAACAAGAACCUGCCUGGAUAACCAGACCUGGAGUGGGCAGCCGGCCACCUGUACAGCAGAGACAGCGUCUACGAGAAACGCCUCUUCCCUCCGUCCAGCCAAGUGUUCCUCUUUCUAUGGCACGCAGCACUGCACCUGUGAUGCGGGUUACACCAUCCAGGCUGGAGCCACCUGCCAGGACGUAGAUGAAUGUGGCUUGUACCAGGGAAAAGCAGGUUCCAAGAUCUGUGUCCAUGAAUGCGUCAACACUCUUGGCUCGUACCAUUGUGUGUGUCCGCGAGGGUAUACCCUGGAUUCCCAGCAGAACAGCUGCCACGAUAUAGAUGAAUGCGUCUCCAACCAGUCCACGUGUGUGGGAGGGGAGAAGUGCGUUAAUUUAUUCGGCGGUGUCACGUGUGUCCGGCCAGACUGCCCGAAACCCAAGCAGAACACUACAUACAUCAAGACCUCGGCACAUCAAUGUGAACGGGCCCCGUGCCACGUAGGAAGCCCAAGCUGCCUGGAGGCCCCUCAUUCCAUCUCCUUCCACUACAUCGCAUUACAGUCCCAGCUCACAGUCCCGAGGGUCCUCUUCACCAUGACGGCUCCGCGCUCUCAAGCAGACAGCCAGCGCUUCACCAUAACCCGCGGUAAGGGGCAGCGUGGCCUGGAGGUGCGGCAAGCAGGCAGACACCGGGGAGAACUGAUUCUCACCAAGCCACUCACCGGGCCGGCGGAGAUACAGGUGGACGUGGAGAUGGCAGAAGUGUCGCCAGAAGGGCUGCUGGGAAAACACAUAUUCACCGUCACCCUCUUUGUAUCUCAGUAUACGUUCUAGGGAACGGGAGCCAGGAGGGGUUAUAACCCGCACUCCCCAGCUUCAGCCAGCAGCACUCUUAUAUUAGGUGACCGCCCGCAGCAAGUGAAAGGGUUAAAGGACGUUCUUUGGGAUAGGGGGUGGGAGAUAUUCUGUCUCUAUAACAACUCUACAGAGAUCUAGAACCAGUAAAAGGUGAAUGGAAAAAGCUUAUUCAUGUCUAUGCUUAGUCCAGGUAAAUAAACAUGUUAUUCUGCUAAA